AUGGCAGGUGUAAAGAAAGAACCAAUAAUGGAAGAACUUACUGACAACCAUCUACAUAAUAUUGGUAUAGAUAUGACUGAUAUAGAACUCUUUGAAGACUUAUUACUCCCACAGACUGGUGGUACCGAAGAUGGGCAUGCAAACAGAAAUGACACUAAUUACUCGAGCAACAAUCAAAUUGAUACACAUACAAAAGAGAAUGCUUCAGAUUUCGAUGCUGUUUCCUUUAAUUUAAGUAAUAACAAUAAUGAAAACGAUUUCUUUAAUAUCUUUAUAAAGACAGAUCAAUUUGAAAAGGACGCUCACACGACGAACUUAACCCCGGAUGGUAUGAUGACAUUCCAUUCUGCUAUAUCUAGCUUACCUCGAGAUAAUGAAAGCUUUAAUACAUCUCCACAAGAACCACCUAACACCUGUAGUAUUAUUAGUCCUAAAAACAUAUCUUUAUCACCGAAUACUUCAACUGAUAGCGCUAUCUCAGCACAACAAACCCAAUUAACAGAAUCAUCUCUACACAAGAUAGAUAAAGGAAUAGUUAAAUGCCAAACCCUCUUAAGUCAAACAGUCACAUUCGGCAGAGACACUCCAAUAAAUUCACCAUUCAUUGAUCCACUAAUAUAUCUUAAUAUGGAUGAAAACAUAUUACCGUACGAAUUUAAAGUAGAAGGGCUACCAGAAAUCUCAAGAGUCGAGAACCAAAUGAAAGUGAGUGUCACCAUAAUAAGCAAAGAUACAAGUAAAAAUAUUAAUGAAAACAUGAUUUGCUUAUCUCCAGACUGUAUAGCAAGACAGAAAUUCUAUUUGACUAAGGAUUUGAAUACAUAUCCGGAACAUUUUCAAAAUCAAUUGUUACAUAUUGAAGCUUUCUUACUGGGAGUUUCUAAUAAUAGACUAGCCGACGUUUGUUUGAAAUGUGUGAAGAGAGAAGAAAGAAGAGCUUCUAGAAGAAAAUCAGGAUUGAAUGAUAAUAAAUUAUGGUGUGAUAAUGAUAAUAGAAGAGCUGUGGUUUUUAAUAAUAAACAAGUUUUUGUCGUUGAUAAAGAAGGGUCUGGUGAAAAUAAAAAGAGUUUCGGAUUAACUACUAGGAUCGUAUGUUAUUGUAGACAUCAUAAGGCUUCUAAUGGGUUCAAAAUUAUGUUCAUCUUGUCUGAUUCAAAGGGCCAAGUUGUAGGUAAGACUUUUACUACACCGAUUAUGAUUACUGAUAAAAAACCAAGUACUUUACAUCCCUUUGAAACAAUAAUUCGACAAAAUGCAAAUUAUAAUAAUAACAAUAACAAUAACAAUAGCAAUAGCAAUAGCAAUAGCAAUAGCAAUAGCAAUAGCAAUAGCAAUAAUAAUAUAAUGAAUAAUGGAAAUGGAAAUGGGACUGUACCAAUGUUAGCAAACGUUCUAGAAGAUCCUAAUGCUGUUGGAAAUAACAAUUUUGUAACGAGUAACUCCUCCUUUGUUAUGAAUUCUGAUAAUCCGUCAUUUGUUGCUCCACCGUCUGCCAUGACUACACCGCAAGGGAUACCACUUCCAACAAGACAUAUGCCAUCUCCAACGUCGAUGAGUGAAGAAGGUUCUGAACCUCAUAAUAGUGAAUAUAGUAUAACAGUCGGUACAAAUCCAAACACUUUCAAUUCAUACACUUCUAUUUCAACAGGAAAUUCAAUUGCUGGACUUGAUACACAAUCUAGGAAAAGAUCACGUCUCAAUAUUCAAGAGAAUUCCUAUAAUUAUAAUAACAACAAUCAAAGACGUUCAUGGACAAAUUCAGGUACUGGUGAAAAUUCCAAUUCAAUGAUGACAGGAAACCUGGUUAAUAAUCAACAAACUCUGCAUAAGAUGUCUGAUUUCCAAAUCCCUGCAAAUCCAAAUAGGCCAUCCAUUCAAAGAGUUAUCCCAUCUCAAGGUCCAAUUAAUGGAGGUAUUGAAGUGACUUUAUUAGGUACAAAAUUUAAAGAGGGACUCCUAGUCAAAUUUGGUGAAAAUAUUGCACUAUCAACUCAAUGUUGGAAUGAUUCCACUAUCGUCACCUAUUUACCACCAGCAGCAUAUGCAGGACAAGUCUUUGUGACAGUUUUCGAUCCAGAAGAUCUUACCAAUAAUGAAGUAAUCCAUCCAAGCAAGAAGGCAAUCUUUACUUAUAUUGAUGACACUGAUAGACAAUUAAUUGAACUAGCUUUACAAAUUGUUGGGCUGAAAAUGAACGGGAAAUUAGAAGACGCAAGGAAUAUCGCCAAAAGAAUUGUUGGAAACGAUACGAAUUCUCCAUCAUCUGCAGUAGGUACAGAUAACGCAGCCACAAAUGAUAUCUCGCCAACUAAUAAACAUAACCAUAAUACAAUCAAUACGGCUAGUAAUAAUAUUUAUUCGUACAGGAACUCAAUGACAGACGAAUCGUUGAUAAUUAAAGUGAUUCAAUCGCUAACUAGUAAUGCGAAUAUUUCAAUGUGUGAUUCUUUAGGGCGUACAUUACUACAUUUAGCUGCAUUGAAAGGCUAUUCAAGAUUAGUAUUAGAAUUAAUCAAAUAUGGUGCUCGUAUUGACGAUAAAGAUAUGUUUGGAUUUACACCCUUAUGUUUUGCAUGUAUUAAUGGGGACGUUAGAACAAUUAAACUGUUGAUAAGUUGUAAUGCUUCAAAACAUGAAACGACAUGGAAUUUAGUCACUCCAAGAGAUUUAUUUUUAAGUAAUUGUAGUCCAAAUGCUGACGAAUUAAUGACAAGAGAAGUUUUAGAGGUUUUGGAAAACAAUGGUAACGAUAAUAACCUUCAUAGAAAUUACUCGAUAUCAAGUUUCAAUUCAAGUAUAUUUGAAAAAGAAUCUGUUCAUUCAUCAAAUAUUGCUAAAGCAACAUCGAAGAAGGCAACAUUUAGUUUAGAGAGUGAUCAAUCUGGGUAUGAACAUAGUGGUUCGGAGGCUGAGGAUGAAUAUGAUGAUGACUCUUCCAUAUCCGGCAUAGAUUGCGAAAGUGAAGAGGAAGAACAAGGAGAACCAGAAGGAGAAACAAAUUUGCUACCUUCAUUAGAUCCACACACAGGGGUACAAACAACUAUUGGAGAGAACAGUACAACUGAUCUUGCUACAGUUUUAGAAGAAACAGAUGUUGAACAUAAAGGAGAAGAAACAUCAUUAUGGAAUAGAGUCUUGACUCGAAUUAAUGAUGAUUUACCAAAUUAUGAAGAUCUAUUCCCAAGAUCAAAGCCGAAUAACAUCGCCAGUGAUAUUGCAAAGGAGAAGAUUAUUGAAGGUAUUCCAGCUAUCGAAGAACCUGAAUCUAUGUCUAUUAUGGAAUCGCAAACUAUAAGUAGUAUUGAAUCAAGAGGAGAAUCAUCGCAUGCUUCAUCGGAAGAUGAAGAUGAGGUCUUCCAAAAAGGUUUUAAUAAAUUUUUCCAGAACAGAAGGAAAUUCAGAAAUGAUAAGAUGUUAUUUUUCUUUUGGAUUCCGUUGAACUUACUUUUAUUAACAUGGGUUCUUUUAUUUAUGUUUGGUAAAAAUGAAGGUAAGAUUAACUAUAUCAUACAUGUUGUUCCUGAAUAUUUAAGAAUUGUCUUAGCAAAGAUCUUAUUCGGUAAUGAAAGAAUGAAGAUGGCAUUUAAGGCAAGAAUAUCUAAUUUCCAAAACCCUGGGAGUCUAUCUGAUUUGGCUGUAUCGUAG